AUGGCAGAUGACUAUACUUUCUUACAUCAACUACCGGAUGUACCACUACCGUUUGUCAAUCCAAAUGGCAAUGCAGCGAACAAGUGGGAUAUGAAACAGACCAAGACCAAGCCAUAUGGCUAUGGCUCUGUCAAUGGUAUUACAUUCGAUAGCGACAACAGAAUGAUGGUUACAUUCAACAAGAGAGUGAUGUUGUUCAAUCUCGAUCCAAAGUCACUGCUAUCGACCACCGCCGAGAAGAAUAUCGCCGACUACAAAGAACACAAUGCACUCUGUGCAAACUUCCGUUCUGACGCCAGACUUGCCGCUAUCUCUGACGAGCAAUCCAACAUCAAACUAUACAACUUGGAAGCAAAGAGUAAUCUUAGAACAUUUAAAGGACAUACUGGUUCUGUACAUGUUGUUAAAUUCAUUGGAAAGAGUAAAUUGAUAUCUGGAUCUAACGAUCAUAGUGUUAGAGUAUGGGAUAUUGGAGAUGCCGAGGAGAGUAGAGUUAUAGGUAAGCACAACGAUCAGGUGCGUGCAUUGUGUGGUCACCCGACCAAAGAGAAUCUUUGGUUGAGUGGUGGUUACGACCACAAGGUAAAACUCUGGGAUCUCAACACCGACACCUGCAUUCAUACACUCGACCACGGUGCACCCGUAGAGGACAUCAUCGUUCUAAAGUCUGGUGCAAUGGCAGUGUCAGCCGGUGGUACUCACAUCUGUAUCUGGGACUUACUCUCCGGUAAGCAAGUCUAUCAAUCUAGAAAUCAUGUAAAAACCAUUACAUCAUUAUAUUUAAAUUCAAAAGGAACAAAAUUCUUAUCAGCUGGUUUAGAUCAUAUGGUAAAAGUAUAUAGUACUUCAACGUAUCGUGUUGUUAGUACGAUCAAGUUCAAUGAUCCGAUUCUCUCGAUGACAAUGAAUCAUAAGAAACUCUAUGUUGGUACUACCAAUGGUAAUAUUCAAGUUGCCAUUAAGAGAGCGAUUGUCGAAACAAACAAAGCAAAGACAACCGGCAAGUCGAAUGUUCCAACCAGACCAAUGACCAUCGUAGAUGCCAGUAAAUUCAAGUGUUCCAACGUUGACAAACUAUUAAAGAAAUUCGAACAUAAAGCUGCAUUCGAUUCUGUUUUAAAUAUUGAAAGAAGAGCAGAUUUAUUUUUUAAGGUUGUUUGUGAGUUGUCGAGACGUGAAGCAUUGGAGAAGGUCUUGGAAGGAAGAGAUCCUGCUAGUCUAAAGUUAUUGCUCGAUAUGAUUGGAAAGAUGAUGCAAUCACCAAAGUAUGUGUCUUGCGGUGUUAUGUUGGUCGAUAGAGUAUUGGAUAUCUACAAGUAUGCAUUGUACGAGGAUAACGAGACCUCCAAGCAGCUCAAUAAACUUAAAGUGCUGGUAAGAGAAGAACUAAAGAGACAAAGUGAAUUCCUCAAGAUUGCCGGUGCACUCGAAAUACUUUACAGUAAUCAAGAGAUACAAUCAUCUUCAUUAUUCUCAUCUACAACUACAACAACAGAAGUACAAAAACAACAACAAGAUCAAACAUUGGUAACUGAUGAAAAAGUCGAUAAUACAACAAACAAUGAUCAUAAAUCAAAUGGAAAACAACAAGAAAAAGAAAAAGAAGAAGAAGAAGAAGAAAGUGGAAGUGAAAGUGGAAGUGAGGAUGAAAAUGAAAGUGAAAGUGAAAGCGAAAGCGAAAGUGAAGAAGAAGUAAAGAAACCAACUAAAGUAGUAACUCAAACACCAUCAAAGAAAAAUACAACCAACAACAACAAUAAUAAUAAUAGUAAAACACCAGUCAAACAAGUUGCAGCAACUCCAAAGAGAAAAGCUGAAGAAGUUGUAACAGCUGUACCAAGUUCCAGUCAAAAGAGAUCGGCAAAGAAACAACAAAAAUAA